AUGCUGCUCCCACUCACGGGCCCUCCCCUGACGUCAGCCACCCCUCGACCAACCGUGGUCGUCACCUGCCACCAGCGUCCAAUCCGGGGCGGGCCACUGGCCGCCAUGCUCCUGAGGGGCGGAAGUGGCGGGCGGGGGCGUGUCUGGGCGCCCCGGCAUUCCGUGGCGCUGCGUCACUGCGUCUGGGCGGGGUUUGUUGUGGGACGUGAAGAGCCCUUGCAUUACCUCGGGUUUGGGAAGAGCGAGCCUUGUUCUGUCGUGUGCUGUGGUCCUGUCUCGCUGCGGAAACCGGAUCCUCCGUGGCAUGAACAGGCUCCCUCACAGCACGUCCAAAAGUCCCAGGGGACUCCACUCCCACAGGAGGUCCUCCAGCGCAUCUUUGGGACCUGCCAGGUGUUCCAGAGCUUUGAGGAGAGAAAAACAACGGUCACUGGGAUAACAGUGCCCUUAAAAGUCAGGGAGUACUACCUCCAAGGCUACCAGUGUUUGGAACAAGAAGACUGGGAGUUGGCCGUGCUGUUCUUCUCCCGUGCCCUCCACCUGGACUCCCAGCUGGUAGACUUCUACGCCUUGAGAGCGGAAGCCUACAUCCAGCUCUGUGACUUCUCCUCGGCCGCCCAGAACCUGCGAAGGGCCUACUCCUUCCAGCCAGAGAACACCAGCUUCCUGGAGCGCCUCACCUUCGUGCUCUACCUGCAGGGCCAGUGCCUGUUGGAGCAAGGUGCCUUUCUGGAUGCCCUGCACGUCUUCUCGCAAGCUUCUGAGCUCCAGCCUGAGAAAUCCUGCUUCCACUACCGAUGCAUGGCCUGCCUCCUGGCCCUCAAACGCCAUGACGACUGCCUGUCACUCGUCACCGAGGAGGUGAAGCACGGCACAGCCAAUGCUGACAUCUACAUCCUCCGGGCCAGGCUCUAUAACUUCUUCCAGAAGCCCAACCUCUGCUAUCAAGACCUGCACAGCGCUUUGCAACUGGAUCCCAAGCACCCAGGGGCCAUGGUGCUGCUCAAGGUGAUGGUGGACCAGGCCAAGAAGUCGCACCAAGACGCCAGGACGCUAGCCGUGCAGGGCAAGCUGCAGCAGGCACUGCAGUGCAUUGACUGUGCCAUUGAGAACAACCCUCUGGACCCCGGCCUCUUCCUCUUCAGGGGCACCAUGUACCGGCGGCUCCAGGACUUCGACGCCGCGGUGGAGGACCUCCUGAAAGCCCUGGACAUGAUGAGGCGGCACCAGGAGGGCAUGGUGCAGCAGGCGCAGCGCCAGCUGCUGCUGGCCUACAACGACUUCGCGGUGCAGUGCUACAUGCAGGGCGCCUACCAGGAGAGCGUGCUGCUGCUCAACAAGGCCCUCAGGGGCGAGCAGCAGGAGAAAGGCCUCUACGUCAACCGCGGCGACUGCUUCUUCCAGCUGGGCAACCUGGCCUUUGCUGAAGCGGACUACCGGCAGGCGCUAGAGCUGAGCCCGCAUGACGAGGACACCAACCGGCGCAUGGCCCUGCUGCAGGAGAAGAUGGGUUUCUUCGAGCAGAAGAGGAGGCAGUUCCAGAAGGCAGAAAACCGCUUCUCCAUGGCCAUCCAGCACAGCCCCCAGAGGGCUCCGUACUACCUGUACCGAGCCAGGAUCCGGCUGCUCACGCACAAUGUUUCUGGGGCCCGCCAGGAUGUUGUCACUGCCCUGCUCCUUGACCCUAAGCAGCCGAAGCUGCUCCCGCUGCUCACUGACCUCUUCUCGGGCAUGUCCACGGAGGAGGUGCUCCGCACCCAGGUGGCCCAGCUGGCCAGGCUGCAGCUGAGCCGGGCGGCGGAAAGCAGGAUGCAGGACAGCGUCUGUGACAGCAUCCUGGGGCAGCUCAGGAGGCGGGAACUGGAGCGCGAGAAGGCCCGGGCCCUGCAGGUCUCGUGGAAGCAGGAGCGGCUUUUGCAGCAGCAGCCUCCGCAGGAGCCCUCCGAGGAGCCGGGCCUCACUCCCCGGGCCCUGAAGGCCAAGCCCGGACGCCCGAAGGAGGAGGAGGCCGAGGGCCCCAAGGAGGAGGAGAAGCCGGAGCCCGCUCCUAGCAAGGCAAGGUCCCUGUCCGACAGCUACCCCGACCAGACCUCUUCGGACUCCACCUUGGGCUUCAGGACCCUGCCGACCUCGGAGAUAGAGACGUCCACCACCUGUCUGGAGUACAGGAGUACCACGACGUCCACUGCGACAUUCUCGGAUUCCUCCGUGCUGAAGACUCAGCCCGCAGACGUGAGUACCCACAGGGAGGCCAUAGGCCCGAGCUACCGCCCCAGGAAGACUAAGGCCGCCCAGGACCAGAGCUGGAGAUCCAGGCAAAAGCCCGGCAAGACCGAGGCCACCCAGGGCCCAGGGCAGAGGCCCAGCAAGACCAAGGCCGCCCAGGGCCCGGGGCAGAGGCCCAGAAAGACCAAGGCCGCCAGAGGCCCAAGGCAGAGGCUCAGAAAGACCAAGGUUGCUCACGGCCAGAGCUCAGAACCCAGCAAGGCGGAGGCUGCCCGGGGCCGGAGCUGGGGACUGAUUCGAAGUUCCAGCAAGACCAAGACUUUCUAUGACCCAAGUGGUAGCCCCGGCAACACUGAGGCCACCCAGGACCUGAGCCAGAACCCCAGCAAGACCAAGGCUCCCCAGAGCUGGAACCAGGGCUCCAGCCUAGGUUCCAGCAAGUCCGAAGUCACCCAGGACCUGAGCCAGAACCCCAGCAAAACCCAGCACAGCCCCGGCCCUGACAGCUCCACUGUUCUCUGA